AUGCAUUUCCUCACCUCCAUCAUACGAAUCAGUCUCCUCGCCGCAAUCACCAUUCCAAGCACAUUGGCAGCACCAACCCCAUCGUCUCUACAAACUCGUGCCGAGACCUACGUCGGCUACCUCGUCUCUACAUUCUCAGACGUCACGCCAGCCGUCCAAUUUCAUCUCUCCAAAGGCAAUGAUGCAGGAAGCUAUACUUUCUUGAACAAGGGACAACCCGUGCUCAAAUCGACCGUCGGCACCAAGGGCGUCAGAGAUAUCUUCUUGGCUCAUGAUGGUGCCAGGACAAAGUAUUACAUGAUUGCUACUGAUCUCGACAUCAAUGCCGCUGGGUUCAGUUGGGAUGCUGCUACAAGGACUGGAAGCCGUGGUAUUGUGGUUUGGAGCUCGACAGAUCUGGUCAGUUGGUCUGCAUCCACUCUUAGAACUGUCGAGAAUGCCAAUGCUGGCAUGGUAUGGGCACCAUCAGCUGUCUGGGACGACGCAACCUCCCAAUUCUACGUCUUCUGGUCCUCUCGCCUAUACGCGAGUUCAGAUUCCAAACACACAGGCACCGCAACUCUCGACAGGAUCCGCUACACCACAACAAAGGAUUUCGUCACCUUCGCCACAGCAAAGGAUUACGUGGCACUCGCCGAUACACCAUUGAUUGAUCAAGAAUUCCAGUAUCUGGGCAAGACCGGAAACUUUGCUCGCUUCCUGAAGAACGAAACUGUGAAUCAAGUCUAUGUUGAGACUACCACAGGAGGCUUAUUCGGCAAGUGGACUCGCACACCAGGAUAUGUUAGACCGGAGAGUCCGCGAGAAGGUCCUGCGUCGUUUGCAGACAAUGUCACACCGGGAUUGUAUCAUUUGCUGUUGGACGAUUACACGCAGUAUGUGCCAUAUCAGUCGACUGACCCGGCAAAGAGUGGAACUUGGGCUGCAUCGAGCUACCCCAACUUCCCUCAAGGCCUGAAACAUGGAUCUGUCACGCCAUUGACACAGAAAGAGUACAAUGCUGUUGCGGCAAGGUAUCCUGCUUGA